UCCCUCAAUGUGGUGCCUUAUUGAUACUCGGCAUCAACAUAUGAUUUCAUCCUGCUGUUCCUCAUUACCGAGACAUUUCGGACUGGUCAAUUUACUUGAAUGUUAUUACUUAGGCUGACAAGAAAAGGCGGGCAUUGUCCAACCACAUGCAGCUACACCCUCAUAGGCCAGAACCCGAGGGACAGCUGCAUCACCAGAAGCAGCAUCUUGCGUUCAUCACACCCGCUUAGCCAACCGGGGAGAUGUCCCAAGAUGGCUAGAGAGGGCAGGCGGCUGUCUACAGUGCAUGUCUUGGUCGAUUCAGGUAACAGCAGCAAGGUUUUCCUUGAAAUUGAGGUCAUCGAGAUGAAGAACGAAAUUAAAUGUAGACAUUUGCUCCGUCGAGCGCCAGGAAUGGGCUGGCUUCAAGAGCUUGAUCAUAAUCGAUGUUUGGCUAAGACAUGGGCCGCCUUUUUAGCCUCGAACACCAACGAGAUGAAGGGUCGACCAGGGUUAUUUCCAAAACUCGUGGCUUUGCAACGGACGGUUAAAGAAGCGGGGACGCUUGGGCGUUGCCCUGUGGCUUCUUUCCCUCAUACCUACCUACCUAAGGCAAAGUGUCCCGGUUUUUAUCUGACCUACCGGGGCACCUAG